AAAGGUUCUGUUGUUGGUGCACCAGCUGAUCGUCUGUAAGCUGUAUCGCUGAGCAUAACAAAGUGCUGUGCAUUGCUGAUGUGCGUCACAGGACCCUGGGUUUUUGCACAGGGAUUAGUCAGGCUGUAUUUGGAAACGCCCUCAACUGCACCUUGUGCUGCUAUAUUAGUGUUUCCCAAGCAAGAAGAAUUUUCUUUCACUCCUUCAGCUGCUCCGGCAAACCCCUCCGCCUGUAUGCAAGCCCUGCAUCUCUGGACGUUGCUUAGCACCUAUGCUGUUGCAGUAGGACAAAAUCAAGGACAGAAGAAUCAAGAGUGCCCUAAGCUCAACGCACAGAUGCCAGAAUUUCAGAAGAAGACUGUCCAUAUCAAGGACCCAGGAAGAGUAGAAGAAAUCAUCUGUGGACUCAUCAAAGGUGGAGCUGCCAAACUUCAGAUCAUUACAGAUUUUGAUAUGACAUUAAGUAGAUUUUCUUACAAUGGAAAAAGAUGUCCAACAUGUCACAAUGUCAUUGAUAACUGUAAGCUCAUCACAGAAGAAUGUCGGAAAAAGUUAUUGCAGCUGAAAGAAACAUAUUAUGCUAUUGAAAUUGACCCUGAUCUUACCAUUGAAGAAAAAUAUCCUUACAUGGUUGAAUGGUACAAUAAAUCACAUACUUUACUUGUUGAACAAGGUUUACAAAAGGAUAAAUUUGCAGAGAUCGUGAGGGAAUCUGAUGUUAUGCUGAAGGAAGGAUAUGAGAACUUCUUUGAUAAGCUCAAUGAACAUAAUAUUCCUGUGUUCAUAUUUUCUGCUGGGAUUGGAGACAUUCUAGAGGAAGUCAUCCAUCAGGCUGGUGUCUACCAUUCUAAUGUCAAAGUAGUUUCCAAUUUCAUGGAUUUUGAUGAGAGUGGUGUGUUAAAGGGAUUUAAAGGAGAAUUGAUUCAUGUUUAUAACAAACAUGAUGGUGCCUUGAAGAACACAGAGUACUUCAAACAGUUAAAAGACAACAGCAACAUCAUAUUGCUUGGAGAUUCACAGGGAGACUUAACUAUGGCAGAUGGAGUAGCAAAUGUUGAACACAUUCUUAAGAUUGGCUAUCUAAAUGAUAAAGUAGAAGAGCUUCUGGAAAAAUACAUGGACUCUUAUGAUAUUGUUUUGGUGAAAGAUGAAUCUUUGGAUGUGGCUAAUUCCAUUUUACAGAAAAUCCUGUAAAUUGCAUCCUCAAGUCACUCUACUUCUCCUAAUGGGACAACUGGACAGAAGAGCACAUUUGUGUUAUCUUAGAGAUGUGUUUAUUAUUCAUAUUGUUUUCUGAACUCUUGUAAUUCUUAAUUUAAAAAUUUUGAUCAUCACUUUGGUAUCUAAAAGUAAUAUACAGCAUCCAUUGUCAACUGGAAGCUUUACUGUUCUUAUGCCACCCCCUCACUGUCCUCACCUCUGCUCUGUUUUAACAGAUGUGAUUAACUUUACUGCUUAGAGGACAUUAAAAUUUGUUCUUUUAAUCAUG